AUGACUAAAAAAGGUGAACGUAAACGAAGACGAAUUAUUGAAAAAAGACGUUCAACGAUUACGUCAGUCGACUUAAAAUAUGCCCAUGGUCAUACAUUAAAUGAUAAUUUGACUGUACCAGAUGUUACAGUUGUGCCCGAUGAUUAUGACCACUUGUUUACGUACUAUUUAGAUGAUUCAAGCGACGAUGAGAAAUCUAAGCAUAAUGCAGCUAUAUUUCCAUCUCAGUUAGCGGAUUGGUUUGAUGAAGAUAUGGAUGGGAAUGAGAUACCAGAAAAUAAACCAUCAAAGAAGGAUUGGGCUUCAGCAUUAAUGAUAUUUAAAGCGCGAUGUGGUGUUAGUAAUGCCACAAUGAAUUAUGUUUGUAAUAUGCUUCGAUUAAAAAUAUCCCUACACANGACCGGUAAACUGCCGACAACUAAACAAAUUCAAGCCUCGAUUCAAAUCCUUGUUGUGGAAUUAGUCAAUCUUGAGAAUGGCUGUGAUUAUUAUAUACCAGAAUUGGGUUCCCCACGAAAAUUACAUUUAUUUACAAUAACGUCUUGCAAUGAUAAACCAUCUCAAUGUAUCCGUCAAAAAUCAGUGAAACGACAACCUCCAAUACGUGUAUAUCCUUUUGAAAAAACACCCAUUUUGCGUACAAAUGAAUCACAUGAUGAAAAUAUUUCAAAAAUGGAAAAAAAGAAUUUGAAUGAUGAAAAAGGUCAUUUAGGUAACACAAACUUUGGACAUUUUUCGUCUUUUUUCCUUCUUUGCAAUUGUUGAGCAACAUAGUUUUUUUGUUCAGACAUUAAAAAACUAUCGCAUUCAGAAAUUAUGCUCUUAUUGAUUUAUUUUGGGAUUACUUGCCCCAUAAUUGUCAUAGUAGGUAGUAGUUAUAAUGGGGAGUAGCUCAGUCGGCAGAGUGCAACCUUAAGUGGUUGAGGUCACAGGUUCGAAUCCUGUCUCCCAGACCAGUUACCGAAAAGAUAAUUCGAGGCUCUUCUAAAUAAAUACUUGAUUGUUUGUAGCUCAUCUUAUACCAAAAUUCUCGCCUCCGUUCCAUUUCUCCUCUGCUUUUGUUAUUUCUAGUUCUUUUAGCAUAUACACUAGACAAAUAUUGGAGUCGUUUUUGCAGGAUAUUGUGAGUUCCGUCCUCUUCGAAAGUUUGAUGUGGGUCAGUCUUGGUUAAUUGAUGAUCUUCAUUCAUCGUACGAAGGUGUCAUGAAAAAGUUACUAACUCUGUGGUUGGACGCUAAGUACCGAAUGUGCUCGUGGUCGAUACGUUCCAGAUAAAAUGAUAUUCAGUUAUUGCUGGACAAUUUAAGAAUGCCAAGUACAAUAUCUCGCCGUCCUCGCCGUAUAUCUAAUUUUUAUAAAUAUAAAGCGUCGGAAUUCAAGGCAAUUGUGCAUUUCGGUUUUUCAAUAUUCCAUAAUAUAUUAAAAUAAAAAUAUUAUAAUAAUUUUCUAAAAUUUGUCUAUGCUAUGAACAUUGCUAAUGGAGAUAAAACGAAAAAAGAUGAUGUGCAAUCUAUUAAGAUAUUAAUGAAUGAUUUUGUUCACGAAUAUCAAAAUUUAUAUACAAUACGUCAUUGUAACUCAAACAUCCAUUCGAUGCAACAUGUUUAUUUGUCGGUUGAACGAUUCGGACCAAUGUGUAUGUAUUCAACAUUUUUUUUCGAGAAUAUCAAUAGGAUU